CUUUGCCGUUUGCACUGUGCAGCAGCUGCUGCUGCUUGUGCUUGUAGUGAGUGGUUGCGCCGUUGCGAGCUCCGACCCACCACACGACGCCACCAACCUCUGGUUGCCAUCGCCUCGCCAUCAUCCACUCGACGCGACGCCACCCCGACCCCGCCUUUAAUACUACUAACCUCUCUCUGCUGCUCACGCCCGAUCGUUUUUGCUUCCUUCAGAUCCAAACCAAACCACCACCUGCGGCGCGCGCCGCCCGCGGCGAGAGCCCGGCGCCGAUGAAGCACCAUCAUGUGGCGCGGGGGCGCGCCGAGCCGCGGCGGAUGGGCAACGCCGCCAUGGUCAUCACCAUGCUCCUCUCCCUCUGCGUCCUCACCUACAUCAAGGCUCGCUACUGCUCCACCCCCUUCCCCAAGGCGGCGGAGGAGAUGGAGGUGGUGGAGAUCGACGAGGAUUACGACAGCACGAGGUACAAGAUGACGGGGCCGAUAGGGGAGGAGGACUUCGACCCGACCAGGCCGACGUGCUACGUCACGAGCAAGCGGUCGGAGCGGUGCGCCGCCGUGGGCGACAUCCGCGUCGACGGCAACCACUCCAAGAUCUACAUCAACCCGCUCGACAAGGAGUGGAGAACCAAGCCGUACGCGCGCCUCCACGACGCCGUCGCCAUGGACGACGUGCGGGAGUUCACGCUCGUCCCCUUCGGCGGCGCCAACCACACCGCCGUGCCGCCGCUCUGCACGCGCAACCACUCCGUCCCGGCGUUCCUCUUCUCCAGCGGCGGCUUCGCCGGCAACCUGUACCAUGACUACACCGACGUGCUCGUCCCGCUCUUCACCAGCACCAACCACUUCGGCGGCGAGGUGCAGUUCUUGCUCAGCGGGAUCAAGGAUUGGUGGCUCGACAAGUUCACGCCGCUGUUCCGGCAGCUCUCCCGGUACGACGUCAUCGACGUCGACAACGACCAGGAGGUGCACUGCUUCCCGCGGAUCUUCAUCGGCGCCACGUUCCACCGCGCCAUGGGCAUCGACCCGGCGCGCUCCCCGGGCGGCGUCACCGUCGCCGACUUCAAGCGCCUCCUCCGCCGCACCUUCCGCCUGGAGCGCGCCGUCGCGUCGCGCACGGGCGCGCCGCGGCGCGACAAGCCGCGCCUCCUCAUCAUCUCCCGCAAGAGCUCGCGCCGCUUCCUCAACGAGCGCGCCAUGGCGCACGCCGCCGCGCUCGCCAGGUUCGACGUGCGCAUCGCCGAGCCGGACAACCACACCGACAUGCCCAACUUCGCGCGCCUCGUCAACUCCGCCGACGUGAUGAUGGGCGUCCAUGGCGCCGGCCUCACCAACAUGGUGUUCCUCCCCAGCCGCGCCGUGCUCAUCCAGGUGGUGCCAUUCGGGGGGCUCGAAUGGCUCACCCGUGUCACCUUCAAGGAUCCAGCCAAGGACAUGGAUGUCAACUACAUGGAGUACAAUGUCUCCUUCGACGAGAGCUCGCUGAGAGAGCUCUACCCGAGAGACCAUUUCUACAUCCAGCAUCCAUACGAUGUGCACAAGAAAGGCUGGGACGCCAUCAAGACGGUGUACCUGGACAAGCAGAAUGUGGAGCUCAACCUCACCAAGCUCACCAACACGCUGGAACGGGCGCGCGACUUCUUGCCAGAGCCCUGACACCAUGGCUGGGGAUCUUGAUGAUGCUGAUGGUAGAUAGGAGAGCUCUUCUGUUUUUGAUUCGCUUUUUUUCUCCUUCUUCUUCUUGUGGUGAGAUUCAUUUCUUUCAUUGUUUUUUGAUAAAAAGGAGGAGACGAGUAAGAUCGUGUCAUAGACAAGUGUCCAAAGGUUAAUUUACACUUGCACACUUUGUAAAUUGGUUGUUGUCGAUAAAAUGUCAACAUGAAAAAUGCUAAUUAUUUGUUUGUGGGGAGUGAUGAACAA